GGAUACCUCCUGCAUGGCAGCCUGUUGCACCGCCUGCUGUGGUUCAUUAUACUCAAACUAUCCAAUUAAAGGGUUCCAACAUCACCACCCUGCGUCUUGGUCUGGAGGAGCAGGACGGCUGCCUAGGAGGGUCGUAGCAUGAGCGUUCUGCACUUCUACUCCUUACCAAAGGAAAGAAAUCCACCUGCUGUUCAGUUAGUUCUGAAAUAAGAGUAAGAGCCUGAGUUCUGCGAGCCUGAGUUCACCAAACAAAAGCCCUCUUUGUGAGUGGAUUGGAUCCGGAGCGCAUCCGUCUGACAGUUGGAAAGACAUCCCUGAUCACUCGCUUCAUGUACGACAGCUUUGACAACACAUACCAGGCCACGAUCGGAAUCGACUUCCUGUCAAAAACGAUGUACCUGGAGGACCGCACGGUGCGGCUCCAGCUGUGGGACACUGCCGGCCAGGAGCGCUUCAGGAGCUUGAUCCCGAGCUACAUCAGGGACUCUACCGUGGCUGUGGUGGUCUACGACAUCACAAACGUUAACUCGUUCCAGCAGACGUCCAAAUGGAUCGAUGACGUCAGAACAGAGAGAGGGAGUGAUGUCAUCAUCAUGCUGGUGGGCAACAAGACGGAUCUGGCGGAUAAGAGGCAGAUCACGAUCGAGGAGGGGGAGCAGCGAGCCAAGGAGCUGAGCGUCAUGUUCAUCGAGACCAGCGCCAAGACGGGCUACAACGUCAAGCAGCUGUUCCGACGUGUGGCCGCUGCUCUCCCUGGGAUGGAGAGUAUGCAGGAGACCAGCAAAGAGGGAAUGAUUGACAUCAAGUUAGACAGACCACCGGAGCAGGCUACUACCGAGGGCGGGUGCUCCUGCUAAUGCUCCCAAGCCAAUCAGAGAACAUCUUUUACACCAUGUGAUUUUCUUUAGAUUUUUGUUUUACGAUUUUUUUAUGUUUUAAUUUGAAUGUUAUUAAUUUGCACAUCGGAGAAUGGACGCCUUAUCGGAAUAUCGGAUCAAUAGUUUGAACUACUGGGUACUUGAAAAUGUGUCAAAUCUAGUUUGUUGAUGAAAUUGCCAAAAAGUUCAGAAAAUAUCAACAAAAUGUUAACGGGGCAGGAUGUCCUACUAUUAUACGUACACCCUUUUGUUAAGUGACAAGUUAGAUACCACUCAUCUUUCUUUUUGUAUUUUUUAUAAAUUCAGGGAACUCUCUGGAAGGUUUAAUUUAUUUUUGGGAUCUCCACCAAUGCAGACAGAGUGUACAGAGACACAGAUCCACGUCAACGGGGGUCUGAGGACGGCAUGCAUGAAACAUUGUGUUUUGAGCAUACCUGUGUCCAAUCGUGAUGUUUAAAUAUGUCAUUGCCGAUAUUACAACACCGUUGACUUAAUGCACUCUCUAAAAGAGGAAAAAAACUUUAAAUGUCCUUCUGCUUCUUAACACUGUUGGCCUGGAUUUCUAUACUUGACUUCAAAAAACCUUUUUGGUCCUGUGAGUUUGUGUAAAUGUAUGCUUAUUUUGUACAGGCAACUUUAGUUAGUAUUGGCACUAUAAGUGACUUAUAUUCUCUCUCCACCCGUCAUCCAAUAGGGCCCCGUUAAACUCUGUGGCGCCUCACAGAGUCACCCCGACCACACUUGCCCUGAUAUCUGAUAUCGUUGCAGUGUUUGAAUGCGUCUCAAUAGUUGUGUUCGGAUCGGCCACAUAAUUAAACACCCGGAGACACCAGGAGGGGAAACACUGCCCCCUGGUGGACAAUAUGUAAAUAGUGUAUUUUAUGUUUCUUGGAGAGAUACUUUAUGGUUUCAAGCGCACUAUACGUAAACCUUGUGACUUUGGUGUUUAAACAGCUGUUUAGCGAGUCAACGGAGACAUUCCUGUCGAACAAAGAGGACAAAAUUUGCACAUGUAGACCUUUCAGGUGAUUGUGAAGUGAGGGAAACACUUAUUUGUAAAUAAGAAACCACAAGAGUAGACAAACCUGUUCAAGUGUGGUACCGACGUCUUCACCAACAACAGGUUCCAGAUGACGCCUGUGUUUGAAUAGCCAUUGUUAACGUUUAAAAACACUAAAAAGCAAAGCGCACUGAAGCCCCAGCAAAUACAAUACAGGAUAUCAGAAUGACUAUUUCCACUUAAAAACGUAUCAAUCAAUUGGCCCCAAUUUCAGCCCGUCGCACUACUACGUUUGACCACAGAGGGCGCUGUUUCUUCGGUUGGUGUUGGUGUUCGCUUCCAGUCUUUGACAUUAUGCCUGCCCUGCUCUUAGCUCAGGCGCCGGAAUUGUAAUGUACUAGUUAGUUACUUUACUUUGACUUUGGAGUUACCUCUUACUGCACUUUUUAAGACCUGUCCUAGUUAGUGAGAAAAGAGAAAAAGUAAAAAAAACAAAAAAAAGUUAAAUAACCAUUUUUAUCACACUUAGGGGUGCUGUGUUUGGGACUUUGACUGAAUAAUAAAUAAAAAGACUAAUUACACAUCCAAGAUGGAGGCCGUUGUCGACACUAGCCUAAUAAUCGAUAAUAAUAGACUUGGUGGAAAACAGGACGGAUUGCAGACUCUAAAUUGUAGAUAAACAGUUUGGGCCUCCCAACCUCUCCUGCUAUUGUGUAAACCGGACGUCUGCAACAUUUAAUCGCCUCAAUCGGAUUCUGAGUCAGUUGUUAUGUCAAUAGAUGAACAGAAAUGCCUACGGUGUCUCUCUGUAACUGUGAAACGUUGACUCAUCGCGGGAGAUCUGCGGUUAUUUUCGGAUAUUGUUGACGAAUGACGCCUUGAACGUGUUCAUCGUGUUUUCGCGAUACCAAAAACACCACGUUCGAUCUGUGACCGCCCCCGGGCCCUGAUUGGCUGCCUCUACUUACUAACGUUUCCGUGACGUAUUUGUUACUCUGAAAAAUGGAAUGUACUGCCCUGGCUGUCGCCCAUAGGGGGGACUGGGGAGAGCACUUUGUUAGUGCAAUGGUAUUUAUUUAUUUAUUUGUUGAAUAUGAGUUUGCGUAAAUACACACACACACACACACACACACACACGUUUUCUGUGUCCUUGCUCCUGAGUUCAGCACAAACACCUGUUUAUUUGUGACUGAAUGCCGAGGGACAACAUGGCUAGAAAUAGGACGUUGUUAUGGCGAUGCACUGGGGAGGAGGGGGGGGGGGGGGGGGAUGUAUGUGUGUAGCGCACAACCCCGUGGAAGGUCAGAGGUCAGAGGUCGUUCCCAUCUGAUUUGGUUACUGUGUCCGUAGAGCGCUCCAUCCACUGUACAGAGAUCUGGCAUGUCUCACACCAUCAAUAAAGACGACUUAAUACCA